AUGGCCACCAACGGCGACGAAGUUCCAGCCACGGUCCCUGCUCCGCAGCACGAAGGGGAGCCCGGUAUGGCGACCGCGACUGACAAGACCUCUGGCACUCCAGCGGACGCCGAUAAACGCGCCCAGCUUACCGAGCUCAUCGCGCAGGCAGCAGCAGAAUAUGCAGUCAAACACUACUCAGAGGCCGCAGAACUGUACUCGCAAGCCACCGAACUGCAAGCCGAACUCAAUGGCGAAAUGGCCAUCGAGAACGCGGACCUAUACUACUCCUACGGGAAGUGCCUGUUCUUCCUCGCACAACAGACCAGCUCUGUGCUGGGUGGAACAGCGGCGUCUGCGCAACUGUCCUCAAGCAAAGCACAGAAACCGGGCAAGAAGAGGAAAGCGAACGGCGCAGCGAAGGCGGAGGCAUCUGCAAGUAACGGUGGUGGCAAUGGCGCGACCUCGCAAGACGCGUCUGCGGCACCCCAAACCUCGGUAGCAAACGUGGGUGAUGUCGUGCCCCGAGAGGACGUGCAAGGGCCUCCACAAACGGCCUCGGACAAACCCUACUUUCAGAUCUCAGGCGAUGCCGAAGGUUGGGACGAUUCAGAAGACGACGAAGCAGACGAAGAUGGGGAGGCGGGGGAAGAAGAGGAUGAUGAUGACUUCGCCACGUCGUAUGAAUUUCUGGAUCUGGCGCGUGUGCUGUAUCUCAAAAAGCUGGACCAGAGUCAGGAACACGCAAUGGAGGAUUCUGAAAAGGGCAAAUACGUGGCGUCGAUAGAUCUCACUCCCGAGGUCAAAUCGCUGAAAGCCCGUGUCGCGGAAAUCUACGAUCUGCAAGCGGAAGUCGAACUCGAGGGAGAAAAGUACUCGGAUGCAGCCACAAAUCUGAACGCGUGCCUUGCGCUGAGGGAAGAGCUCGAGCGCCCUGAAUCGAGCAUCCUAGCCGAAUGUCACUACAAGCUGAGUUUGGCGCUGGAAUUCAGUGCCAGCUCAGAAGAACGCGACGCCGCGGGCAAUCCAACUGGCAAACUCUUGGUCGACUGGAAGAUUCGCAACGAAGCUAUCGCCCAGCAAGAGAAGGCCAUCGAUGUCUGCAAGUUGCGCGUUGCAGCAGAGACGGCAGCACUAGACAAACUGGACCUUGGUCCUGCAAAGGACAAGGCCAUGGCGCAAAUCGAAGACGUCCAGGACAUGAUCGCUGAGAUGGAAGUUCGGCUGGAAGAGCUGCGCAAACCACCCGUUAGCGUCAAGGCCGAGUCCGAAAACGAGAUGAAGCAGCAGAUCCAGGGUGUCCUGGGCAGCCUCCUGGGGAGCGGUGUGACUGAAGAGGAGAAACAGGAGAAGCUAGCCCAGGUGGCGGAGAAGGCGACUGAUAUCUCGGGAAUGGUCAAGCGGAAGAAGCCGAAAACAACCGAGAGCAACGGUGGCGGUAGUGGACCUGGCUCUGCCGCAUCGACGCCUGCUGCUGCGCCAACGGUCGCCAGUGGAUCGAGCCUGGGCAAGCGGAAGGUGGAAUUCACGGACGAGGCAGCGCAUGCUGAAAGUGGCAAGAAAGCCAAGGUGGAGGACGUGGAGGACUCGGGUGUUUGA